UGCGGGGCCAAGCGGCGGCCUGCCACGCUCCCGGCCAUUAUGCCGCGGCUGCCGAAAAACUCUUCCCACGGUACGCGGCCCUUCCCCGCACGCCGCGUGGGAAAGCGGCUCCUCCCGGCUGCAGUUCGGGGGGGAGUGUGCUGCAGCGGCCGCUUGCGACGCGUGUCUCCUCGCAGUCGGCACGCAGCACGCGCGCCAUGCGACGACGUACGGCCAACAUGAUGGACUCGGACUACGACGCCUCGUCGUCCCGAGGGUAAGCGGCGCGGGGGUGGAGAGGAGGAGGCGACCGGCGCCCGGACACGUGCCCGCAACCGGGCUGCAUUCGGGAUUCGCGCACGCGACCGAGCGGACGUGCAGCGCGCGCGCCUUGCCUCUCCUCCGCCGUCGGACGCCCGCCUGGACGUUGUUGGUGCGCGUGUGCCGCCGACGUCGACGACAUGUUUUCGUUCGGCCAUUCCGGGACCAGCUCCGGUUCCGGCAGUUGCCAGCUGCUGACCAGGAAGAAAAGACGAGGCAUCAUCGAGAAGAGGCGGCGUGAUCGGAUUAACACGUCGCUGACCGAACUUCGUCGGCUCGUGCCCACGGCAUUCGAAAAGCAGGGAUCCGCCAAGCUCGAGAAAGCCGAAAUCCUCCAGAUGACGGUGGACCACCUUAAGAUGCUGCACUCCAAAGGUGUGGAUGCGUUCACGUUCGAUCCGCACAAGUUUGCCAUGGACUACCACACCAUGGGCUUCCGCGAAUGCGCCAGCGAAGUGGCACGUUACCUGGUGGCCAUCGAAGGCAUCGACCUGCAAGACCCGCUCCGGCUGCGACUCAUGAGUCACCUGCAGUGCUACUCGGCUCAGCGAGAACUGGCCGCCAAGUCGUCCUGCUGGAGUCCCGCGAGUCCCACGGCUCCUCACUACCCGACGUCCGGCUCUCCCCAACCGUCUCCGGCCAACGCGGUAGUGGCGGCGGAGCCGUACACCUCGGGGAACGAGCCCCCGCGGCUCCCGCUCGAGACUAAGGGGUUCCGGCAGCACUUCCCAGCGGCUACCAGGGCGACGCACAUGGCGCUCACGCACCCGUCGGCCACAGCGAACACCAUGCUGCCGACAACGACACCACAUGUCCAGGGGCCGCCGGGAAACCAGUACUUUCACGGCGUCGCCGCCGCUCACUUCUCGCCCAUGACUCCCCCGACGUCGUCUACGACGCCCUCGUACGGCUCGGACCUGUCUCCGCUCUCCGGUUCCGGCGGCGUCAAACCGUACAGACCGUGGGGCAGUGAGAUCGCCUACUGAAGGCGCUCGGUUCCGUGGUUUAUCCGGCUUGCCUGAAAAUGCGGCCACUGUCACGAUUGCUUUCCACGAAGGCUCUUAUGGUGUCCCCAAGAGGUCCCUCUGCGCAGAACCGAGCUCUUGCCUUGGCUUCACGCGGGUGACCCAAGGCGAGUGCACCUUUGUCAAGAAAAGCAAGUUCUUUGGACGUCCGUCUUCACCGUCCUAUUUCUGACGACAGCCGUUGGAAACUAAACAAGAGCCGUGCAGAACGUUGCCUUGAAACCGCCAAGCAACUUCUCCAGUGACACUGCUUCCCACGGACUUGGUCAUCGUGCUCUCACUGUCAUCGGUGGCCUCUCAAUUCAAGUUUCGGCGGACAGCAGAGUCAUCAGAACGAACUUUGUUCACAUUCCUGUUUAGCCGGACGCAAAUCUCGAGUAUGGCACAACAGCCAUACUCGGUGAGCGAGAGGCUCGAAACUGAUGUAUCCACGCAUUGCUUCCGUGCCGCAAGUGGAAGGCGAAAAACAGCGUCACGGCCGUCACUGCAAGCGCCAAGGCGGGCCCUUUGAUGAGGUCCUCAAACAACGGUUCGUGCACCUAUAUGUGCGGAUUCAAAACUUCGUCACGCAUGUGAAAAUCGUGCGUGGUGUGCUAGUCCACAAAACGUCAGAUACUGUGAACUCGUGCCUUGCGGCAGCUACGCUCGUCAGGCAGGUCCGCCACUCUCAAUGAAAAAAAAGAGAGAGAGAGAGAGAGAACGAAGUGUUUAAAUGUCGCCAGAUAAGGGAAGACACAACGAAGAAACAGUAAGACGAGCUGUUGUCGCGCGAGUGCUUACGUAUUCAUGGCGCGAAUAGGUUGAAAAAUGUAGCGUACUGUGUUUCAGCAGUGUGUGGGAAAAGCUUGGUAUGGUGACAAUCUUUGACACAAGCAAUGGAAGAAGCAGAAUUGUGGGAACUCUGUGCAAGCUUUUCUUCUCCUUCUCCUAAUACCUGUGAUAUAUUUAUGUUCAAGAAAACACGAACUCGUGCUGAAAAAAAUAUAUUUGUCUUAAGGGAGUAUUCAGGGUAUAAUACAGAGCUACAACUUGCUAGUCAAAUGUGUACAAGCUGCAGCAUAAGAGCAUUGUGUUAAAGACAACAUUUUUCUCCAGCGUAAUACAUUCGAGAUUUAAGGAAACACAAGCAGCAUUGCGGUAAGAGCUUGAUGGUUCAACAGUCACGUUAAGCUAUACAACGCGUGCAGUGUGGCAUAUGAUGCUAAAAUUGUUCAGCAUGCCCUGAGAAUUAAGUGUAUCAGCAAUACUUGACUUGACCACAGACUGGUUUGAGCGUGUGCUUGUAGCUACUUUUGCGGGAUCUGUGUAAGCGGCCGCCUGUCACCUUCCUUGCGCAGCUUUCAUUUACAUCCGCUGCAUGGUCUGCCUUCAGUGCUAAUUCAUUUUACCUGGACACUUACAGAGCUUGAAUAAAUGACAACCGUUUAGCGCGUGUGUGUCGCGAAGUCCGAGUCAGGGGUGGAGCAGAAUUGCAAGAAAUCUACGCAGAAAAGAAAUUGUCUUGGUAUUUGUCCCACCUUCUUAUAGUAGCGCGAGAUGCCAUUACCAGAGCGGUACCUGCUUCAAGCAAGUUUAGUCAGGCAGGUUCCUGAAGCAGGCGAAAUCGGCUACAGCAGAGCUGUUGAUAAAUCGCUUAUCAGGAAAGGUUUCUGUCAGUCUCAGCUGCUCCAAAUUUGCUGCUGCUCGUGUGCUGCGUCUAAAGGUAAAUCAUAGUUAAUGAAGUCUGCAUGCAUUCCACAAACAGUGUGUGCUCAGAGCAAAUCUAAAUACGUGCUCCCCCUCCCCGUCGUGUCCGCGGGAUGUUUAUAAGCGCUAAAGUAAAUAGGAUUGGCAGGUAUGCUAUGACAUCUGACAAUCGGUGCACGUUACGGGAAACAAGCUGGUAUCAUCCUUCGUUUCGCCGCCUUUACAUAAAUGCAGCGCUAGCGUGUCGAAUUAGCUAUAGGGCAUCACCUCAAUGCGACGCUCCACGGUUAACACCUUGCACCUCAACUCUAGCGCGACGUUGGCAGCUUCCUUUAUCACAUCUUUCUGAAACAUCGUAUCCCACCGAAGACAGCUCGGCAGCUGUGUCGCCACCUUUUCCUCAAUGCUACACACCAACCGUUCCCCCUCGAUCUAUAGCCUCAGUUGGCGUAUUGCUUUCGUGUGCAUGGUCGCCAUUUACAUGAAUGCGGUGUGACAUGGAAGGUUGAUACAGAGCGCGACGCGGCCUCUAGUAGAGGAAUUUCUCUUUUAGUUUAGCGACCUAUGUCGCGCAGGGAUGUUUUCUUACUGUUUCACGAGCCUGUACCGAAAUUUAUAAGCUGCAUAGCAUGACGUCACGAAGAGGCGACGGUGCGCUGCCGUCUCUUUUAGAACACGUAAAGAAAAAAAAAAAGGUAUGAUUUUUUUUCUGCCGUGAACUUUCUCGAAAUGCAAGGAGUAAUAGACAUGGCCAAGUUUUCGGAAGUUAUGUUGCAAAUAUUGUUCAAAGCGGCGAACAGCGAAGUGCCAACUUCUGUUUUUGCCUGAAAUAUAUGCUCACUUGUUUAAAAACAUGCAGCAUGCUUACACAGUUUGGUGUCACGAACCAGUGGCCGAAGUCAGAUUUUCAUUCGUAAGUGCUUUUUGUCAAUGGCUGGCCACCUUGGCUAAUUAAUAUGCCCGCCAUCAGGAUUGGAUGGAAUUUUCUCUUACGCUGCAAUCGCUCGUGAGAGCGAAUUGCAGCCGACUCUGGUGGUGGAUAUUAUUAGCGAGCGUGGCCAGCCAAGCAAGGAUCCCUUUACGAACGAGAAGCUUUGUCACAUCUGCCCCAAAAGAGCAGUCAUAGAAGAAAUGUGUUUAAAACCCCUCGAAUCAUUGUAUGUCUUAGAUAAUGAGCUUUCCAAUUAUAAAAACAAAAACAAAAAAGCAUUCUUGCUCGAAGCUGCACUGACGUGUCUUCAUUAUGCACCGUAUCGUCAGCGCGUUCAACAUUGAAGAAGCGCUUUGCGUCUACACGAAAGAAACAACGCAGGGAUAUUUUCUGAAAUAAAACAAAAUACACACUGCGCAUGUUUUAAGCGAAUAAACAA